AUGGCACCUAGGCCUCCUCCUCCUCCUCUUCCAAACCCGGAUAACCUUCAUUUGGUGGGAGCAAUUGAGGCGAUGAUAGCAGCCAUGCAGCAAAAGAAUGCUAACAUGAUAGGGGAGAAUCAUUCUGCAGUUGGUUCUUUCGAAGCUCCGCCACCUCGAGUGCAAGAGUGGAGUUUGAAGGAUUUUCUUCAACACCAUCCAUCCCGUUUCGAUGACAAGACUAGCCCAGAUGAGGCAGAUCAGUGGAUGAGAGACAUGGAGCGGAUUUAUGAUGCGAAGAUGUGCCCUGUAGAAAACAGGCUAGCAUAUUCUGAGUACCUUCUUGUUGGAGAGGUCGUGCAUUGGUGGUUUAGCAUGAAGAUGAUGCUAGAGGAUAACAGCGAAACCGUCACUUGGGAUUUGUUCAAGAAGAAAUUCUAUGCUGAGUAUUUCCCUGACAGUGUGAGAUAUGCUAAAGAGGUCGAGUUCUUGCAGCUAAUGGAAGGAGAUAUGUCUAUAUCGGAGUAUGCUAAAAGGUUCAAACACAUGGGCAGAUUUCACACCUUGAAGAUGGCUGAAGACUAA